AUGAGCGCCGCUGCGCCCGCCGAAAAGAAGAAGAAGCCGUCGGCCCUGCGCUCCAUCAUCGCCGGUUCCAGCGCGGGUGCUGUUGAAAUCGCCAUCACCUAUCCCGCCGAAUUCGCAAAGACCCGAUCUCAGCUCAAUCGUCGCCUCGCCGAGGGCAAGAAGCUACCAUGGCCGCCGUUCGGUAGUCAGUGGUAUGCCGGCUGCACUACUCUGAUCAUUGGAAAUUCCAUCAAGGCUGGCGUUCGCUUUGUCGCUUUCGAUGCAUACAAGAACAUGCUCUCAAAUCCCGAUGGUACUAUCAGUGGUCCCGCUACCGUCAUUGCUGGUUUCGGUGCUGGUGUAACCGAGAGCUUGCUGGCUGUCACUCCCUUUGAGAGCAUCAAGACCCAAUUGAUCGACGACCGCAAAGCCGCUCAACCCAGGAUGAACGGCUUCAUUCACGGGAGCAGACUCAUUGCCCACGAACAGGGUGUGCGUGGCUUCUUCAAAGGCUUCGUACCUACAACCGCAAGACAGGCAGCAAACUCGGCUGUCAGAUUCAGUAGUUAUACCAGCUUGAAACAGCUGGCGCAAAGCUAUGUUGCUCCAGGAGAGAAGCUCGGCGCACUGAGCACUUUCGGUAUCGGCGGGUUGGCUGGCAUAAUUACAGUGUAUGUCUUUCAAAUCAAGAAAUCAUGCUCAGCCAUUGACAUUCCGCAGNNAUACGUAACCAUGCCACUUGACACUGUCAAGACAAGAAUGCAGUCCAUCGAAGCAAAGACCGAGUAUAAGAACAGCUUUAACUGCGCAGCACGUGUGGUCAGAGAAGAAGGUUUCCUCACCCUUUGGUCUGGUGCUGUGCCUAGACUUGGUCGACUCAUCCUGAGCGGCGGCAUAGUCUUCACCAUGUACGUCUUAUUAUUCUCGUACUCGUACAUGUCACUAAACAUUUCACCAGGNUACGAAAAGACGAUGGAGUUGCUCGACAAGCUCGACCCGGAGAAGAAGUAUCUAUGA